UCCCGUUGCAACAUUUAUGUGCACGUGCAUUUAUCCCAGUCCAUCACGCGAAGCUCGUUCCUAAUGCUCCAGUAGAUGGAUGCAUUCAGAGCCACUUACGUAAGGGUGUAGGUAGAGCCUUUCAAGAAGUUUCCGAUGAUCAGCGGCUUAAUUUCCAACACGGGCCACGGCGUCAUCUUCAGAGUGUCGGAGACCCUGGCGCCGGGUCUGGCAGUCAACAUCUCCGGGGGACCCCUCUCGUACCAGUACCGGUUCCACGAACUGCACAUCCACUAUGGACGGGCCGACGACCGAGGCUCCGAACACACGAUUGCUGGAAAGCCCUUCCCGGCUGAGGUACAAAUAUUCGGCUACAACUCCGACCUGUACGCAAACAUGUCCGAAGCUAUCGAGCUUAGAAGAAGCGAAGGGCUCGUCGGCAUCUCCAUCCUCCUGCAGUUGGGAGAUCUUUCACACUCGGAGCUGCGUGUCCUGACUGGUCAACUACACAGGAUAACGUAUAGAGGUCAAGAAGCCAUAUUGAACCACCUGUCAAUCAAAGAGCUCCUACCAGACACUGAGUACUUCAUGACGUACGAGGGCUCGCUCACAAUGCCCGGAUGUCACGAAACGGUCACGUGGAUCGUUAUCAACAAGCCAAUCUACAUCACCAAACAGCAGUUGUACUUGCUGCGAAAAAUGAUGCAAGGCGACGAACUGAACCCUAAGGCUCCGUUGUCUGACAACUUCCGGCCUACACUGCCUGUUAAUCAGCGGCUCAUGAGAACCAACAUUGACUUCAGAUGGAAGCAGGGUUCCAACUGUCCUUCGAUGUACAAAAACAUGUAUUACCAAGCCAACACCAAGUUUGUAGGACCGUGACCACCGUAGCCAUUCACCUGAACCUCUACAAACCGUCAUGUGUGCCUGAUUCCUUGUGCUUCAUUGGUGCAAAAACGUCACGUGAUGACUCCCAGUGCGCGGUUGUGUGUCCAUCCCCGCGUGAAAAGAUAGUGUGACCAAUGACGUCAGCCACACGCUCACGCGUGCAGCGCGGCAAAAGACUAAGCGCUGUCACGGUGACGACGGAAGUGACAUUGUGCAAGUGGCGAUGUGCAAGUUGAUUACUAUGAAGGGCGUAGAGAUGCAGUAAAAUGUUGUUGGCGAUGUCUAAUUUGUACGAGAUUAAACAAUGUUGUGUUAUGCUA